AUGCAUCCGCCGAACGAAAGAGUCAUGUGGACUCUCACUGCAUCUCCCCAGAAGACGGAAGUAGUAGAUGAGAUAGACCUAGACCCGAAUGAACGACUCCUUUAUAACUUCUUCAGGGAUAGGGCCGCAAAACUUGCCGCCGGACUUUCAGAUGAGGGCGAGAUGAGGCAGAGGAAACGGAGCUCGGAUGGUUCGAGAGGAGGGAACAUCGUGACUUUGAUUAAUUUCCUCCGAAGAAUAUGCGAUCACGGAGAAGAGAUGUUACCGGACCCCGCAUUACAAAGUUGGAAGGAAAAGAACGACAACGUGGACUGGGACAUGCUAACGCGGUUCGACGAUGGUAGUGAAGCCUGCGAACAGAGCUCUCAGAUGACCGGUUUUCCAAAUGAACCUUCUACCGAGGCUAGGUUGAAGCGUAGAUUGAGCCUCGUCACCGGAAACCACGUCCACCUUCUCGAACCUCACUGGAACCCGAUGGCGGAAGCCCAGGCGUUGAAUAGGGUUCACCGCAUAGGCCAAGAGCGAGAGGUCACUGUGCGGCGAUACAUUGUCAAAGACACUAUUGAGAAUAAACUCCAAAAGGUUCUAUCAGGGAGCAUGACGGACUAUGACUCGGGAUAG